ACAAAGAACGGCUGUUAGUGAACAUUUAAAACAAAAAAUAUGUGAAUAUAGUCAAAAUAAUCCUAAUCAAAAACAAAUAGAUAUAGCGAACUAUUUUAAUUCUCAAGAUCCCAAUUUAAAAUUAGAUCGGUCUACGGUUUCUAAAAUAUUAAAAAAUAAAUCAAAAUGGUUAAUGGUUACUGAAGACCAAUUAAGUUCUACCGUAUUUCGACAUAAACAA